GCCGUCUUUUCCGUCGUGGAGUUUGGUUGAACCAGAGGCGCGGGGGAGAAUUGGGGAAACUGGAAUUUCCCGCGGAGCUGACGGCGCUUGUUCUCCCCCGUACUCGUUUUAAUUCCACGCGCUCCAAAAUAUCCGCCAUGGAGAAAUCUUGGUGAGGAUGUCCAUUCUAGGUCCACUGGUGUCAUCCUGCUGAAGGCUGGGUCAGGCAUCCAAAGGGGCUGUGGCAAGGGAGGGUGUGACACGGGUCUAAUCUGCUGCCAUCAUCAUCAUCAUCAUCAUGAACUUCGAGGUUCUGGACCCUGGACUAGCAGAGUAUGCUCCAGCCAUGCAUUCUACCCUGGAUCCUGUCCUGGAUGCCCACCUGAACCCCAGUCUGCUACAGAAUGUGGAGCUGGACCCGGAGGGAGUGGCCUUAGAGGCUCUUCCCGUCCAGGAGUCAGUGCACAUAAUGGAAGGUGUCUACUCUGAGUUGCACAGUGUGGUGGCUGAAGUGGGUGUGCCUGUCUCCGUCUCCCACUUUGACUUGCACGAGGAGAUGCUGUGGGUGGGAAGCCAUGGGGGCCAUGCCACGUCAUUUUUCGGCCCAGCUUUGGAACGCUACUCAUCAUUUCAGGUCAAUGGCAGUGAUGACAUUCGGCAGAUCCAAAGCCUGGAGAAUGGCAUCCUUUUUCUUACCAAGAACAACCUGAAGUAUAUGGCCCGUGGAGGCCUUAUUAUAUUUGAUUACCUGCUGGAUGAGAGUGAAGAUAUGCACAGUCUGCUGCUGACUGACAGCAGCACUCUGCUCGUUGGUGGGCUGCAGAACCACAUAUUGGAGAUUGACCUUAACACUGUCCAGGAGACUCAGAAGUAUGCAGUUGAGACACCUGGAGUCACUAUCAUGAGACAGACGAAUCGCUUCUUCUUCUGUGGCCACACAUCUGGCAGGGUUUCCCUGCGAGACCUCCGUACUUUUAAGGUGGAGCAUGAGUUUGAUGCCUUCUCAGGGAGUCUGUCGGAUUUUGAUGUGCACGGCAACUUGCUAGCCACUUGUGGUUUCUCCAGCCGCCUCACCGGCCUGGCCUGUGACCGCUUCCUUAAGGUGUAUGAUCUACGCAUGAUGCGUGCCAUCACACCACUUCAAGUUCAUGUGGAUCCUGCCUUCUUACGCUUCAUCCCUACAUAUACUUCUCGUCUUGCUAUCAUCUCCCAGUCAGGGCAGUGCCAGUUUUGUGAGCCCACAGGGCUGGCCAAUCCAGCAGACAUCUUUCACGUGAAUCCUGUGGGGCCUCUGCUAAUGACGUUUGACGUGUCAGCCAGCAAGCAGGCCCUCGCCUUUGGGGAUUCUGAGGGCUGUGUGCAUCUCUGGACUGAUUCCCCUGAGCCUUCCUUCAACCCCUACUCCCGUGAGACCGAGUUUGCUUUGCCUUGUCUCGUGGACUCACUGCCUCCUCUGGACUGGAGCCAGGACCUGCUGCCUCUUUCCCUCAUCCCUGUCCCGCUCACCACUGACACGCUUCUCUCUGAUUGGCCUGCUGCCAACUCCGCUCCAGCUCCCAGUAUUUUCUUUUUUUUUCUGGUCCCUUGGGGAUUGGGGCUGAAUGGGCAGACACCACAACCUUCAAGCCCUAGAACUAUGCUACAUUAUAGGCGAGCACCCCCUGUGGAUGCAGAGAUUCUGCGCACCAUGAAGAAGGUGGGCUUCAUUGGCUAUGCACCCAACCCCCGCACCAGGCUGCGCAAUCAGAUUCCUUACCGACUCAAGGAGUCUGACAGUGAAUUUGACAGCUUCAGCCAGGUCACUGAGUCACCAAUAGGGCGGGAAGAGGAGCCACAUCGCCACAUGGUCUCUAAGAAAUACCGCAAGGUGACCAUCAAAUACUCCAAGCUAGGGCUGGAGGACUUUGACUUCAAACACUACAAUAAGACGCUGUUUGCUGGAUUAGAGCCCCACAUCCCCAAUGCCUACUGUAACUGCAUGAUCCAGGUGCUCUAUUUCCUGGAGCCUGUUCGCUGUCUAAUCCAGAACCACCUUUGCCAGAAGGAGUUCUGCCUAGCAUGUGAGCUGGGCUUCCUCUUCCACAUGUUGGACCUCUCCCGAGGUGACCCUUGUCAGGGCAGUAAUUUUCUUCGGGCGUUCCGCACCAUUCCUGAGGCCUCGGCCCUUGGUCUGAUUUUGGCUGACUCGGAUGAGGCUUCAGGCAAGGGCAAUCUGGCCAGGCUCAUUCAGAGGUGGAAUCGCUUCAUUCUCACUCAACUGCAUCAAGAUUUGCAGGAGCUGGAAGUACCCCAGGCUUAUCGAGGUGCUGGAGGCAGCAGCUUUUGCUCAUCGGGAGACUCUGUCAUUGGGCAGCUGUUCAGCUGUGAGAUGGAAAACUGCAGCCUCUGCCGCUGUGGCAGUGAGACCGUGCGAGCCUCAUCCACCCUGCUCUUCACGCUUUCCUACCCUGAGGGUAGCAACACUGAUAAAACCGGGAAGAACUGUGACUUUGCUCAGGUGCUGAAGCGAAGCAUCUGCCUGGAGCAGAAUACACAGGCCUGGUGUGACAACUGUGAAAAGUACCAGCCCACGAUUCAGACCCGCAACAUCUGCCAUCUCCCAGAUAUUCUUGUCAUCAAUUGUGAGGUGAACAGCUUGAAAGAAGCUGAUUUCUGGAGAAUGCAGGCUGAGGUUGCCUUCAAGAUAGCAAUAAAGAAGCAUGGUGGGGAAAUCUCCAAGAAUAAGGAGUUUGCUUUGGCUGAUUGGAAGGAACUAGGGAGUCCAGAGGGCAUGCUGAUGUGUCCCUCCAUUGAGGAGUUGAAGAAUGUCUGGCUUCCUUUCUCCAUUCGAAUGAAGAUGACCAAGAACAAAGGGCUGGAUGUUUGCAAUUGGACUGAUGGGGAUGAGAUGCAGUGGGGCCCAGCCAGGGCAGAGGAGGAGCAUGGUGUCUAUGUGUAUGACCUGAUGGCUACUGUGGUACACAUCCUGGACUCACGCACAGGGGGCAGCCUGGUGGCUCACAUCAAAGUUGGAGAGACCUACCACCAGCGCAAGGAGGGUGUUACCCACCAGCAGUGGUAUCUCUUCAACGACUUUCUCAUUGAACCUAUUGAUAAGCAUGAAGCUGUGCAGUUUGACAUGAAUUGGAAAGUGCCUGCUAUCCUUUAUUACAUCAAAAGGAAUCUUAAUUCCAAAUACAACCUGAACAUUAAGAACCCCAUCGAGGCAAGUGUUCUGCUGGCUGAAGCCUCAUUAGCACGGAAGCAGCGGAAAACACAUACGACCUUUAUUCCCCUGAUGCUGAAUGAGAUGCCACAGGUUGGGGACUUGGUGGGCCUGGACGCUGAGUUUGUCACCCUUAAUGAGGAAGAAGCAGAGCUGCGCAGCGAUGGCACCAAGUCUACCAUCAAGCCAAGCCAGAUGUCAGUAGCGAGGAUUACCUGCGUUAGGGGCCAGGGACCCAAUGAGGGUAUCCCCUUCAUUGAUGACUACAUCUCUACCCAAGAGCAGGUGGUGGAUUACUUGACUCAGUACUCAGGGAUAAAGCCAGGAGACCUUGAUGCCAAGAUUUCCUCUAAGCACCUUACAACUCUAAAGUCUACCUACUUAAAGCUUCGUUUUCUCAUAGACAUUGGAGUCAAGUUUGUGGGUCACGGUCUGCAGAAGGACUUCCGGGUCAUCAACCUCAUGGUGCCCAAGGACCAAGUCCUUGACACUGUUUAUCUAUUUCACAUGCCCCGAAAACGAAUGAUUUCCCUGCGAUUCCUUGCUUGGUACUUUCUGGACUUGAAGAUUCAAGGGGAGACCCAUGACAGUAUUGAAGAUGCCCGCACAGCCCUUCAGCUUUACCGAAAGUACCUGGAACUAAGCAAAAAUGGCACUGAGCCUGAGUCCUUCCACAAAGUGCUCAAGGGCCUUUACGAGAAAGGCCGAAAGAUGGACUGGAAGGUGCCUGAGCCCGAGGGCCAGACAAGUCCCAAGAAUGCAGCUGUCUUCUCUUCAGUGCUGGCGCUCUGACCUCACCCUCUCCCAACGAACAAUUCCCUCUCCCUUCAGUUUUCUGUGGCCCUAGAAGUGGGAGAUGGCUUCCCAAGUUGGCUAUACCCUGUCUACUUCCAGAAUUGGACUUGCUCAGGGUCUACAGAUGGUGCUAUUAAUAGAACUGGAAUGCAGCAGAACUGUUGCAAAGGGUCUAGGAGCCAGAUUCCUUUUUCAUCCUUUGCAAAAUAGUGGGCCAGAAACAGAGUCUAGAAUUGACCCAGAUGGAAAGUAAUUCAUAUUCUUAAUAGAUAUCCUGGGUAAUUAAUGCCCAGGCAAAGAAGCUCCUGGAACCAAAACUCUCAGUUUCUAGUUGGCUAAGUACUGAAGUCCCGGACAAUGACAGGAUACAACAAUAGCUCAAGACCUAGCUUAAGUCUGACUGCUUGAGGGUUGCCUGGAGGGGCCAGCAUUUAGAGCCUGGUGGUCCCAAGCAAACCAGUGUUGCCAACAUUAUUAUUGCCGAAAGGGCCUUUGGGUCCUAGACAAAGCUUCACUGCUGGCUUCACUCCUGUUGACAGCUGAGAAGCAUCUGUCUUCCAUCCACUCUCCUGUUCCAGGUUUUGUUUUCUUGUUAUUUUUUAAAAAUUUUUGUCUUAAACUGCAUGUUUUAUAAAAUAAAAACAAAAAUAUUA